AUGACUGCUACACUUCAAGCUUCUCUUGUUCACAAGCCCUCAAUUUCGCGAUUCAAUUAUCUAGCUUUUUGUCUAAAACCCCGGGUUUCUAGUUUUGCUUCUCCGUUAAUUCUACAUAGACGUAUAAUUCAUAACUUCAAUUGCCUUCCUCCCAAGUCUCGAUUUUUACGGCAUCGUUUAGUAGUUUCUUGUGAAUUAAAUCCAAUUCCGGAAAAUGUAAAUUCAACGCCGGACUUAAUAAACAGUAAUUUAAAUCCGGAUAUUGAAAAGCAGGAAGUAAAUGAGUUCAACAAUGGAAAUAUUGUGGGGGAAAACGUGGAAAUUGAGGCGGGUGAAGGAGUGGAGGGUGAGGUGCCAAAGGAAGGUCUGGAGGAAACCGAGUAUGCGAAGAAGAGAUUUCCAAUGCUGCUGUUUAUUAUGGGAGUUUUUGAGAGGUUGAGAAGUGGGUUUGAGAGAAUUUUGUAUUCAGAUUGGUUCAGUCGGUGGCCAUUUUGGUGGCAGGAGAAGCUGUUGGAUCAUUUAAUUGCUGAGGCCGAUGCGAAUCCUAAGGAUGCUGCAAAGCAGAGCGCCCUUUUGGCGGAGCUCAAUAAGCACAGUCCCAAGUCUGUCAUACAGCGGUUUGAACAAAGAGCUUAUGCUGUAGACAGCAGGGGAGUUGUAGAAUAUCUUCGAGCUCUGUUGGCCACUAACGCCAUUGCUGAAUAUUUACCUGAUGAACAAUCAGGAAAACCUUCCAGUCUUCCUUCUCUGUUGCAAGAAUUAAAGCAGCGUGCUUCAGGGAACAUGGAUGAGCCCUUUGUGAGCCCCGGUAUAUCUGAGAAGCAGCCGUUACAUGUGGUGAUGGUAAGGGCUGUUGACCCCAAAAUGUCAAAUAGAUCAUCUCGGCUCGUACAAGAAGUCAUCUCGACUAUCUUGUUCACUGUUGCUGUUGGUUUCGUGUGGCUAAUGGGCGCUGCUGCGCUUCAGAAGUAUAUUGGUAGCUUGGGUGGGAUGGGAACACCUGGAGUUGGCUCAAGCUCUUCUUAUGCCCCAAAAGAGUUGAACAAAGAAAUAAUGCCGGAGAAGUACGUACUUGUGUUCAAGAAUAUGACGAUAUAUAAAUUCUUGACUUCAAAGUUGUAA